AUGCUUUCGGAACUCUCCGCAGGUAACAAGCAGCGCAUGAACACGAUCAAACAUGAGCUGAAGCUGAAGCUAAAAGAGAUAGAAACCCAAAGGAAGCGGACGAUGGAAGUCAUAGACAGCGAAACAAAGCUGCUUUCUAUUGAACUAGCACAAGCUAAACCACAAGCUGUGAGCUUCCCAGAACAGCCCAUACUACGUCAGAGCUCUGUGCCCUAUCUGACAUCCAACCAACAGACUCUAACGAGUAGGUUCCGCCAAAGGACACCUGUCUCUAGAUCUGCCGAUGAAUUUAUUCCGUAUGGAAGGUCCAAUUCCGAUUUGAUCCACACAAAUAACGCAUCAAAUGCAGAAACAAUUGCGUAUUAUUCUCGUGGUACGGGCGCUGGCCAGGAUAUUAACAGGUUCUACCCUAAACGAGUAAACCAAUACACAAGCGAAUAUCGGCGAAAGGUUUCCGAAUUAAACGCAUCACGACAUCAUGGUGAUAAUGUUUAUUCAGGAAAGACAACUCUUCUGACCCCUGGGCUGAAUCAGUAUCUGCGCGUGCAUUCGAGCACUCUGAACAGUGGCGUGCCACUUGACCCCAGAUCCAACAAGAAUGCACGGCGAAGCAGCGAAUCCCACCCACUGACGCCUGGCGUUGCUUCGUCCAAGGAUGGGAUCUCCCCAAAUGGCGACGAAUAUGGGACAAAUUGGGUACUUGACGACGAUCAAAGAGCUAAAACAGCUUCUGGUAUAACUUGCCGGAAGUCAUCAAGUAUAUUGCUUCCGUCACUGGAUGCGCCGUCUCGUAAUUACCAGUCACGUGACGAGAGAGCCCCGAAGUCGUUGUGUAUCGGACGAACUCGUAACGUGACGGACCAGAAUGACCUGACCCCGAGACCUCCCAGCUGCCGAGGUUACAACCUGAAGAACCUCACUGCCCUUCACGGGCUGAUGCAGCGGUCAAACGCGUUUAAAACAGACGAUUUUGACAAAAGGGAAUGAAAACCAUCUAGGGUUACCAUAUACUGCAGAAGUCUUGUUUCAUAUUGCACGAAUCCUGCGUCAUACAAUUUGGGACAACUACCACCGACAUAUCCAAACAGGAGGUGGGAGGGUGAGGGAGGGGAUUGUGAAUGGGGCCAGGAAUUCUCUAUUUAGUUUCUGAUGUAUUAUGUUCUGUAAAAAUCUCAUAUAAAAACAUUUCGACUGUUAGUGAAAGUUUCUGAGACCGAAAUGUGAUUCAAUAUAGGUCCGUAGGAACAAUGUCUGGAGUGGUGAGCACAGUCUUUAGUGGAGGGGACACGGUCUAUUUGAAGGGUGGG